AUGAAACUAGUCGGGUAUACAUGGGGUCGACCAGGUGAAUCUGGAAAGGUCGAAGUGCUUGGGUCCGAGGCGGACAUCGCGAACUUUUGGACCGAGACAAGGCUGCCUUCAGAUUUGAGAGUCGCUCUUAGCGCUAAGACGGGAACGCGAGACCCGCUGAGAUCUAUGGCAUCCCUGGCGCCCGGUCCACGCUCAGCAUUGACCGACCUCGUCCUCCCUCAAUUCCUGAACGAAAGCGGAGAAGUGACAAGACCUUUCAAAUGGGCGGCAAGUCCUUCAGUCCACUUUCCGGACCUUAGCGACAUGACGUGGCCUGGUCAUCUGGGUCAAUCACUCCUUUCUGGUUUCGGUGGCAUGGGCCGAACGUCGAUUUUUAAUGAUGAUGAUGAUGACGAUUUCUUCGGUCCGAUGUCCAUAUUCAACAACUUUCCGCCAAUUAGGCCAUUCCAGGGAUCAUACAUGCCCACGCAAACGACGAACGUGUCAGAGCGAGCGCCUAAAUCGCAGCAAAGCCCCUCGGAUACGACGUCAAAAAUACGGACGAUUAUAGAGGCAUUGAGAGAUCCUCAAGUCCUCGCUGCAGUGCUAUCCGCUCUGACAUCAGGAACCGACAGGGCCACAUCGCCCAGUUACAAGGGGCCCGACAUCACAGGGCCAAGAGUCGUCGAUGUUACAGACAUGGAAGAAGAUUCUGACCAAUCAGAGACGAGGGAGGUUCGCACAGCCGGGUCUGACACAAUACCAGGGCAAUGGGAGCAGGUUUCAGAGGUCCAAGCGUACCAGCACACUGAUGAGGCCGGGACCGCUGCGGUCGAGCCCUACAGACUCGCUCGCGGAGUCCAAGACACGCGGACCUCCUCAGGAAUGACGGCAUCGAGCCCGACCAUUCCCAGAUCCUUGCUCACGAGCGAUGUCGCGGAUGCCACAGAAAAUUCGACGGUGCCACGUACAAUUCGCACUGGCUCCUCUUCUGGAGGUCUGAGCUCAUAA